GUUAACCAUGUGUUUGGUUUUUUUUUUUUUCCUUAAUGUUUUGUCAGCAUCUAGGCAGCCACAGCCUACACACUGCAGAUGAUGUCUGAUUCUGCAUUGACCUCUCUGCCAGACAGUACCCCCAGGGAGAUGGAUGAGCUGUGCCCUGAACUAUUGCUGAUCCCCCCACCUCUUCCUGGCCGUGGAAUCCUGGAGGGACCCUCCCCGAGCUCCUUUCCUUCUGGGGAGCCUGUGCCUUUGCCUGCUGACCCAGGCUGUCUACUGGUAGAGGCCACCACCACGGACGAGAACGCCGGGAACAUGGAGAUCAUUGUGGAAGCAGUCGCGGGAACCCUGUCCCCAGGUGCACCUGAAGGGAACCCAGCUCCCACACUACCUCCAGGACAGGGAGAACCUUCCAAGGCAACAGGUGUAGCCUCGCCGGGCCAAGAGGACAAAGAGGAGAGUGGUUCCCUGAAGGACUCCCAGCAAGCCCAGCAAGCCCUGGAUGAAGUGCAGGUGGCUCAGCAGGUAGAAGGUGAUGCGGUUUCUGGUCCCGAGGCUCUCUUCAAGACCCACAUGUGUCCAGAGUGCAAGCGCUGCUUUAAGAAGCGGACGCACCUGGUGGAACACCUGCACCUCCACUUCCCUGACCCCAGCCUGCAGUGCCCCAACUGUCAGAAGUUCUUCACUAGCAAGAGCAAGCUCAAGACCCACCUGCUGCGGGAGCUGGGCGAGAAGGCCCACCGCUGCCCGCUGUGCCACUACAGUGCAGUGGAGAGGAAUGCGCUCAACCGCCACAUGGCCAGCAUGCACGAGGAUAUCUCCAACUUCUACUCCGACACCUAUGCGUGCCCUGUGUGCCGGGAGGAAUUCCGCCUCAGCCAGGCCCUCAAGGAGCACCUCAAGGGGCACACGGCGGCCGAGCCACCACCCCUCCGCUGCUUCCAGGGAGACUGUGGCUACACCAGCGCCGAUCGCAAGGCUUUCAUCAAGCACCUAAAGGAGAGCCACGGGCUGCGGGCUGUGGAGUGCCGCCACCACGCAUGCCCCCUGCUCUUUGCCACAGCAGAGGCCAUGGAGGCCCACCACAAGAGCCACUUCGCCUUCCACUGCCCCCACUGCGACUUUGCCUGCUCCAACAAGCACCUGUUCCGCAAACACAAGAAGCAGGGCCACCCUGGCAGUGAAGAGCUGCGCUGCACCUUCUGCCCUUUUGCCACCUUCAACCCGGUGGCCUACCAGGACCACGUGGGCAAGAUGCAUGCGCAUGAGAAGAUCCACCAGUGCCCUGAGUGCAGCUUCGCCACUGCCCACAAGAGGGUGCUCAUCCGCCACAUGCUGCUGCACACCGGCGAGAAACCCCAUAAGUGUGAGCUGUGUGACUUCACCUGCCGUGACGUGAGCUACCUGUCCAAGCACAUGCUGACCCACUCCAACACCAAGGAUUAUAUGUGCACCGAGUGUGGCUACGUCACCAAGUGGAAGCACUACCUCAGUGUGCACAUGCGCAAGCAUGCAGGCGACCUCAGGUACCAAUGCAACCAGUGCUCUUACCGCUGCCACCGAGCCGAUCAGCUCAGCAGCCACAAGCUGCGGCACCAGGGUAAGUCCCUGAUGUGCGAGGUGUGUGCCUUCGCCUGCAAGCGCAAGUACGAGCUGCAGAAGCACAUGGCUUCCCAGCACCACCCAGGCCCCCCAGCCCCGCUCUACCCAUGCCGCUACUGCAGCUACCAGAGCCGCCACAAGCAGGCGCUGCUGAGCCAUGAGAACUGCAAGCACACCCGCCUGCGGGAGUUCUGCUGCGCCCUCUGCGACUACCGUACCUUCAGCAACACCACCCUCUUCUUUCACAAGCGCAAGGUCCACGGCUACGUGCCAGGGGACCAAGUCUGGCAGCUCCGUUACGCCAGCCAAGAGCCAGAGGGAGCCAAGCAAUGCCCCACACCCCCACCAGACUCGCAACCCUCAAACCAACAGUCAGCCCAGCCUGAGGGGCUAGGCCACCAGCCAGGGGCUGGAGCCGAACCCAGUUUGAACCAGGCACUGCCAGAGACCAAUGAGGAACACAGCACCAGGAGACAAGGCGAGGCUCCCCAUCGGGACGACUUGGUGGACAGCCUCAGCCCUGCCGAGGUAGAGGAGGGAGGCUGCACCCUGCACCUGGAGGCUCUGACAGUAGAGCUGGGCCCUGUGGCCAUGCGCCCUCUGGAGGAGGUGACUGAAACAGCCCCGGGCCAGUUAAGAUCCCUAGAUGCUUCUGAGCCACUGACAAUGGGAGAGCCAGAGCUGCCCAGCUUUGAAGGCGUUGGCGCUUCGGGCUUGGCUGCCGAGGAGGGACCUGUUCUGGAGAAAUCAAUCCCUGAACCCCCAAGAAACCCUCCCUCCCCAGGGGAAGCUCCUCCUGGCUGGGCAGAAAGCUACAAGGAAAGUGUGCCCUCUGAGCCAGCAACCUCAGCCCAGCUGCCCGAGAGUGAGGCGGUGCUCAAAGCCCUCCGGAGGCAGGACAAGGAGCAAGCAGAGGCGCUGGUGCUGGAGGGGCGGGUGCAGAUGGUGGUGAUCCAGGGAGAGGGCCCAGCCUUCCGCUGCCCACACUGCCCGUUCAUCACUCGCCGCGAGAAGGCCCUGGCCCUGCACUCCAGGACCGGCUGCCAGGGCCGCCGAGAGGCCCUGCUGUGUCCCGAGUGUGGGGCCAGCUUUAAGCAGCAGCGUGGCCUCACCACACACCUGCUGAAGAAGUGCCCAGCUCUGAUCAAGAAACACAAGGCUGUGCCUACAUCAGACUGUCCCAGCCCUGGGCCCACCCCGCUCCCAGGCCCACAGGCAUCUGAGGAUGCUCAAGUGGAGAAGCUUGGCCCCACGGCCUUGGAGGUGGAGCACCUGCUUCUGCAGGACACUUCUCCCAGUCCUCCCCAAGAAGCACUGGAAGGUCUGGCCCCUCCCUCGGGAUCCCCAGGGCUUCCUGCAGGCAAGCCCUCCUCCCCCGAAGUCCCUGACAAGUUCUACUUCCAGCAGGGCAAGUUUCACUGCACCUCAUGCACCUUCCUCUGCUCCAGGCUGUCCUCCAUCAGCUCUCAUGUGGCUGAGGGCUGCCGCGGAGGCCGCGGCGGGAGUGGGAAGCGGGGGCUGGCACAGGUGGCCCAGCCUGCAGUGUCUCCUAUGAGCAGCGGGGACUCUGCUGCCCUGCCCACCAACAGCUCAGAACCUGGCCCUGGGGACGGGGACACAGCUGUGACUCCAAAGCAAAAGGGGUCCCGUUUCUCCUGCCCGACAUGUCCCUUUAGCUGCCGACAGGAACGAGCCCUGAGAACUCACCAAACCCGGGGCUGUCCCCUCGACAAAUCCAGAGAGCUGCACUGCGGCCUCUGCCCCUUCACUGCUGCCGCCGCCGGCGCCCUACGGCUCCACCAGAAGCGGAAACACCCGUCGGCAGCUCCAGCCUAUGGGCCCCGGCCCGCUCUGCAAUGUGCAGACUGCGGCUUCACGUGCAAGCAGAGCCGCUGCCUGCAGCAGCACCGGCGCCUCAAGCACGAGGGUGUGAAGCCACAUCAGUGCCCCUUCUGUGACUUCUCCACCACCCGGCGGUACCGCUUGGAGGCACACCAGUCCCGACACACAGGUGUCGGCCGCAUCCCCUGCAGCUCCUGUCCCCAGACCUUCGGCACCAACUCCAAGCUCCGCUUGCACCAGCUCAGGGUCCAUGACAAGACACCCACCCACUUCUGUCCGCUCUGUGACUACAGUGGCUACCUCCGCCACGACAUCACCCGCCACGUCAAUAGCUGCCACCAGGGCACUCCCGCCUUUUCCUGCUCCCAGUGUGAGGCCCAGUUCAGCUCAGAGACAGCGCUAAAGCAGCAUGCUCUGCGCCGGCACCCAGAGUCCACCCACCCUGCCCCCAGGUCCCCCGCUGAGGCCACCGAGGGGCCCCUGCACUGCUCUCGCUGUGGGCUACUGUGCCCCAGCCCUGCCAGCCUGCGGGGACACACACGGAAGCAGCACCCCCAGCUCCAGUGCGGGGCCUGCCAGGAGGUCUUCUCCAGCCGGCCGGCCCUGGAGGAGCACCGGAAGCAGCAGCACUUUAGCCACCGCUGCCAGCUCUGCAACUUUGCCGCCCGUGAGCGGGCAGGCCUGGUCAAGCACUACCUGGAACAGCAUGAGGAGACCUCAGAGAGCAGCGGGGACACCGGCCAGCCCCCUCUGCGCUGUCCCUUUUGUGACUUCACAUGCCGCCACCAGCUGGUAUUAGACCACCAUGUGAAAGGGCAUGGGGGCACACGGCUCUACAAGUGCACUGACUGUGCUUACAGCACCAAAAACCGGCAGAAGAUCACCUGGCACAGCCGCAUCCACACAGGGGAGAAGCCUUACCAUUGUCACCUCUGCUCCUAUGCCUGUGCCGACCCCUCCCGCCUCAAGUACCACAUGAGAAUCCACAAGGAGGAACGCAAGUACCUGUGCCCUGAGUGUGGCUACAAGUGCAAGUGGGUCAACCAGCUCAAGUACCACAUGACCAAGCACACCGGCCUGAAGCCAUACCAGUGCCCUGAGUGUGAAUACUGCACCAACCGGGCCGACGCACUGCGUGUGCACCAAGAGACGCGGCACCGUGAGGCUCGGGCCUUCAUGUGUGAGCAGUGUGGCAAAGCAUUCAAGACUCGUUUCCUGCUGCGGACCCACCUCCGCAAGCACAGCGAAGCCAAACCCUACGUGUGCAACGUGUGCCGCCGAGCUUUCCGCUGGGCUGCUGGCCUGCGCCACCACGCCCUCACCCACACCGACCGCUACCCCUUCUUCUGUCUCCUCUGCAGCUACAAGGCUAAGCAGAAAUUCCAGGUGGUCAAGCACGUACGCAGGCACCACCCUGACCAGGCUGACCCAAACCAAGGUGUAGGCAAGGACCCCACGACUCCCACGGUGCACCUGCAGGACAUGAAACUGGAGGAGCCCCAGCCACCCGCUCCUGCUGCCCUGCCCACUGGGCCCGAGGGAUGAGUUGGCCCUCCCUCUUGGAGGACUGUGACCUGAGCUGCACAGACAGAAGUUGAAACUGGCCUGGAGUACUCGGAGCUCUUGAGGGACUGGCUUUGGGGUGUCAAAAUGACUGAGAGUCUGGCUGUGAUACACUGAAAUUAACAGCUAUGUGAAAAGUUGACCCAGGCCCCCACAGGGAUGUCAUACUGAGGCUCACUGUGUGGUCAGCCUGGAGUGGCCAGCUUCUCUCCACCAAAGGUCCUAACAAUAAGAUCUUGGUUUCAUU